AUGUCAGAUUCUGGUGAGCCAAAAACAUCUCAGCAAGAAGAAUCUCAACCUGCUGGGCAAGAAUCUCAGUCUCAACAAGUUUGCACUUUCUUCAAGAAGCCAUCAAAAGCUAAGAACAUUAGGAAAAGAACGGCUGAUGCAGAUGAAGAAGACGGAGAUUCUAAAGGCGAAAGCUCUAUAUUAAACAACCUGAAGAAAGUUGCUAAGCCUGAUAGCAAGUUGUAUUUUUCCUCUGGGCCAUCGAAGAGCUCUGCUACGACGAGUGAAGCUCCAGAGAAACCGGUCGUCUUUCACUACGACUCAUCCAAGGAAAUCCAGGUUCAAAACGACAGCAGAGCAACAGCGACUCUAGAAACCGAGACCGACUUCAAUCAAGAUGCAAGAGCUAUCCGUGAGAGAGUUCUUAAACGAGCAGACGAAGCAUUGAAAGGGAAUAAAAAGAAGCCUUCAGAUGAGAAGCUCUACACUGGGAUUCAUGGAUAUACAGAUCACAAAGCUGGGUUUAGAAGAGAACAAACCAUCUCGAGCGAGAAAGCUGGAGGCUCACACGGGCCAUUGAGAGCUUCUGCACAUAUCAGAGUCUCCGCGAGAUUCGAUUACCAGCCUGAUAUUUGCAAGGAUUACAAAGAGACCGGAUACUGUGGAUAUGGAGACUCGUGUAAGUUCUUGCAUGACCGUGGAGAUUACAAACCUGGAUGGCAGAUAGAGAAAGAGUGGGACGAAGCAGAGAAAGUCAGGAAGAGGAAUAAGGCGAUGGGAGUUGAAGAUGAAGAUGAUGAUGACGCUGACAAGGAUAGCGACGAAGACGACGACGCGUUGCCUUUUGCUUGCUUCAUCUGCAGAGAGCCCUUCGUCGAUCCGGUAGUCACGAAAUGCAAGCACUACUUCUGCGAGCAUUGCGCUUUAAAGCACCACACGAAGAACAAGAAGUGCUUCGUGUGUAACCAACCAACUCUGGGGCUUUUCAAUGCAGCACAUGAGAUCAAGAAGAGAAUGGCUGAAGAACGUAGUAAAGCUCAAGGACUGUGA